GCGUAGACUGAGUCUCCAGAGCUGUGGUUGCUUAGAGUGGAAUCCUCAACCUUUGCCUCAGUGGAUUAUGAGUGUUCCGAAUUCAGGGAUAACUAGCCAGCUCUUGGAUUUACCCUCUUUUUCUUGCAUAUUAUAAACUUCAAGAGAUUAGGGAUGUUGUAGGUCAUAUUCACACUGAUUCCCUAUUGCCUGUGGCGGUACUCGACACAUGAUCAGAGGCAAGAGAGCUGGAACGAGGACACUCACAGCUUUUUGCUUUUGUUUCUACCAACUUGACAUCAUACAUGGCUACUGAUGGCAAUGCUCUUCAGGUUCCCUUGCGUCAGAAGCAGAGAAAGAAAACUCAAGGUUUUUUCACGAUGAGUCGGAGGAGGAUAUCAUGUAAAGACCUGGGACAUGCUGACUGCCAAGGGUGGCUGUAUAAGAAAAAAGAAAAAGGAACUUUCCUAAGCAACAAAUGGAAAAAGUUCUGGGUGGUGCUGAAGGGAACGUCGCUCUACUGGUACAGCCACCAAAUGGCAGAGAAGGCCGAUGGAUUUGUCAACCUGCCCGAUUUCACUGUGGAGAGAGCUUCUGAAUGCAAGAAAAAGCAUGCUUUUAAGAUCAGCCAUCCACAAAUCAAGACCUUUUAUUUUGCAGCUGAAAAUGCACAGGAAAUGAGUGUGUGGUUAAACAAGCUUGGAUUAGCUGUAAUCCAUCAUGAAACUGUUACAAAGGAUGAAGAAUGCUACAGUGAGAGUGAACAGGAAGACCCUGAAAUAGCUGUGGAGACACCACCCCCUCCUUACUCUGCGGAGACUUUCUCUCCUUUGGCUACACAGCAGGCAUCUUCAUCUUCACCCAAACUGAGUGACACGUCACGUUCUUCCUCUUCCUUGGAAAAUACAGAAAAGACACACAGCAGUUUGGCCUCCUCCUUAUCUAGAGAAAGACAGUCCUGGAUCGACAUAGUUAAUAGUUCUGCUGCUGCUGACGAUGAGGGACAGUCUAUAACACUUGCCGUAAAUGUUCACUCACCUGCACCCUCAGAGGCAAACAGUCGCAAAGCCCUGGAAAACAGCUGUGCCACAUCAGAAAGUGAAUUUUUGAACUCUUUGUCUAGUGAUGACGCUUCUUCAUUGAGUAGCAACCUGGACCAUCUUACUGUCCCAGACAAGCCCACUGGAUCAAAGAUGGCGGACAGAGAGGAAACAAAGGUGUCUGAAGAUGACGAAAUGGAGAGACUCUACAAAUCGUUGGAGCAAGCUAGUCUCUCUCCUCUCGGGGACCGACGGCCUUCAACCAAAAAGGAGCUGAGAAAGUCCUUUGUGAAGCGAUGUAAGAAUCCAUCCAUAAAUGAGAAACUUCACAAAAUCCGAACCUUGAACAGCACAUUGAAGUGUAAAGAACAUGACCUGGCCAUGAUUAACCAGUUGCUGGACGAUCCGAAGUUGACAGCCAGAAAAUACAGGGAGUGGAAGUUGAUGAACACCCUGCUGAUCCAGGAUAUCUAUCAGCAGCAGCGGGCCCCCACGUCUGCCCACGAGGGCACCCCCCAAGGACUUGAGAAACCACCUUCCUCUGCCCAUGUUGGAAAUUCUAUCUGA